AUGGAUAACGAAACUCGUUCAGAUUUAAAUGACAUUAUUAUUGAAGCAAUAGAAGUCUUCAUUAAUCACAUCCUUUAUACACGAGAUGUAUAUCCAUCACAGAUCUUUAAGAAACGACGGAUAUAUAAUACACCGGUGUUGGCAUCAAUUUAUCCACCACUAAACACAUAUUUAUACAAGGUAUUGCGAACAAUAAGAGAACUCUUAAAGACCGGCGAACUGGAUGGUGUAGAAGUAGUGCUAUACAAAGAUGAUGUUGAGACCUAUGAAAGAUAUAGAUUCCAAAUAAAGCCAUUAACCGAGCGUAUAUCUGUGGAGGAUGAAUUUCUAAUGGAUAUGGAAGAACAACUUAGAGCUUGCUUAUAUUCUCUUGCCGAAAGAGUCAAAACACUGGAGAAAUUACCAGCGGAUUGUAAAUUUAAAGUAUUGAUUUAUACCAAUCAAGUUGGCUUUGUUCGACUUUCACAUAAUCCUCAUUAUCAGGAUUUCCCAUGGCUACGCAGCGAUUUGAAAUGUUCUAAUUCUAAACAGGAAAUUUCAUUGUUACCGCUUACAUCUUUAAGGACAAUAGGUCUACUGUUAACAGCAGAAAUAUCUUGAAAUAA